GGCUAGAUACAGUAGGCUAAGGCGCCAACUUGGUGACAGCCACUUCAUUGUUCGACUUACGGACACCCAGAACUCUGAAAGAGACUGACGCCACUGCAAAAUACCGCAUCGCGUUCUCGCCACCAGAGGUCCACCGACAGCAAGUUCUCGAUUCAUGCAAUUUCGGCCUGCGAUAUGCCAUCCGAAACACGUAGAGCCAAGCAGGAGUCGCCGCGGCAUAGCGGGAGCGCUUCAGACAGCGGCGACGCCUUUGUAGGAACAUCCAAGUGUGGCCGACUGAGAAAACGCCGUCGAGGUCGAGUAUCGAAAGCCUCCAACCGCAAUGCUGAGGGCCGACCGCCUUGGACCAGCGUCUUGCUGUCCCUCCCGGUCGAUAUCAUACUUGAGAUGAUACAAUUCCUCAAGCCACUAGACCUAGCAAAUUUGGCACAGACCAACAGGGCAUUCCGCGCGACUCUAACGUCACCUCCGGCUUCCAAGAUCUGGGCCACGGCGAGGAAGUACACGGCAAAUGUCCCUGAGUGUCCACAGGGCGUAUCAGAGAUCACCUGGGCGAGGUUUAUCCAUGAACCUCCUAAAUGCGAUAAGUGCCGUGUGCUCGAUAUACGCAACUUAGAUUUUGCCCUCAUGCGACGGCUGUGCGAUCGAUGCAAGCUGAAAACGCUCGUACACGACCGCUUCUUGCGGGAUGCGCUGCCGAACGUCAACCGCGCCGUUCUGGAGCUCAUCUCUCACACUACGACCAACGUGCACCCAGGGGAUAGGUUCUACAGGAAGACUGAUGUCGUUGCGAUGGCGAAAGUAUACGACAAGUUCCAGAGGGAUAUCGACAUGAGCUCGACAAACGCCGUGGCAAAGAAGGCCAUGCAGCAAUUUGAAUGCCAGCGCACGAAAGCCGUGCAAACUAUUCUUGAGCAUGCCAAGAAGUGUACUGAGUGGCUGCGCGAGUUCGAGGUCUACCUUCAUAACGAAGCGCAGGAACGCAUCGCCCAGUACUACGAACAGAUCGCGAGGCGUUUCCGGGAGAUGGGACACGAGGAUCAGGAUAUCAAGAACAUUCGGUCCAUGCCCGAAGCUAUGCGCGAUCGCCCUGUGACUGAACAAGUUUGGAAGAAACUCAAACCCGCGCUCCAAAUGCGCAUCGAGAUGUCCCGGUGCAAACGACUGGACCAGGACGAGAACGACGUCAUUGACUCACGCAAGGCCCUCGUUUACACUGUUUACCUCGCCUACAAGCAGACAUUGCGGCCUAUUGAACGCUCCCGCCUUUCGCCACCCAAGCUCAUCUAUGCUAUUCCCGCGUUCCGCGAGCUCAUCUAUACGAAGCUGGAUGUCGAGCUUACACAGGCUGCUUGUGACGAGGCUGCAAAACGGCUACCUGAGUAUCUCUCGAUGUUCACUGACAAGCUCAGGAACAGCUUGGUACAAUCCAUGGCCGACAAUGGGGUGUUCGAAGUUAGGAACCGGCGUACGAAGAGGCCACCGAAAGGCGCACAUGACCGUCUCGCGCUGGCCACCUCCGUGUUCAGAGUAGCUUCGCACAGGAGCAGCCUAUUCUCCUACAACGGCAUCACUACUUAUUUAGAUUCAAUCUGGACCGCUGGUAAGGACUCGGGGUUCUGGAUCGCGAUGUACGAGACACUACAGCCCAAGUUCGAGUUCGACAAGCAAGCUUCUGCAGCGGUGGAAGCCUUGAUGCUGCAGCUUGGCCUUGACCCUGCGACCACGCGGCCAGAGGAUCUGGACCGUCUGCAUAAACGCUUCUUCUGCGAGUUCUGUGGAGGCAGACCCCGGUAUAGAUUCCCAGGGGAUGUAGCAUAUCCUUGGCAAGCUGCAAUCAGUCACUGCAUCGCUUGUCCCGGGUCGUUCAGCAGCAGCACCCCGUAUCUAAAGUCGCUGAAUGAAGACGAGUGCAAGAGUGUACGCAAGCUAGAGGAGGCUAAGAGUUACAUGCCCCCCCACACAUGGGAAUGCAACCACUGUCCUGGUAUCACAUAUCACCUGCGGGUGCUCCCCGAUGUCCUGGAGCACAUACGAACCGCUCAUGGCAUCUCCGAACCCGAGGAAGACGUUGACUACUUCCAUGCAUACCGGGACACCCAUUAUAACCCCAUUCCUCAAUCUUUCUCUGAAAGCCUCGAGCUUGCGGAAGCACAGGCUGCGAACGUCGCUCGCUCCACUGCGGAUCGACGUUAAACCCUCCAUUGUCGCUGUGAGGCCACGUAGCGGAGUACCGAAUGCGUCGAACGCUCUGUCGAUAAGCGGCACUACCUUAGCACACCUUGUAGUGUAGAUCAUCAUAAGACGACUGUAUUGAGUACCCAGUAUUGAUGUUCUG